AUGGCAGCACUAGGGAAUCCCGACGAGGAGCGCCUCGAUGAGCAGGCUCCUUUGCUCGGCUACGAGCGAGCGGGUGACCACCGCACACCAGCGCACCAAGGGCACGAGAAGACGGCCCGCCGGUUGUAUCUGUCGCAUUUCCUGUCGACAUGGAACUCGCGCGUCUUUGAGUUCGGCGCCGUCAUCUACCUGGCCACGAUCUUUCCAGACACGUUGAUGCCCAUGUCAGUGUAUGCCUUCAUCCGUGGGCUUUCCGCCAUCGUCUUUGCCCCGGCCAUCGGCCAGUUCAUAGAUACGGGGGAUCGCUUGCGCGUGGUACGCAUCUCCAUUGUCUUCCAGCGCAUCGCCGUGGCCAUCUCCUGCGCCGCCUUCUACGUCCUGGUGCUCGGGCUGCCCCUGGGUCGCGCUGGCGAAGCGGGUGUGCUCGUGGUCCUCUCUCUCUUUGCAUGCGUCGAAAAGAUCUGCUCCAUCAUGAACAUGGUGGCAGUGGAGAAGGAUUGGGUCGUCGUCGUGGCAGACGGCGAUCAGGAUGGCAUGAUGCAGAUGAACUCACAGAUGCGUCGCAUCGAUCUGUUCUGCAAGCUGCUCGGGCCCUUGUUCAUUGCCAUGAUCGAAGGUGUCUCGGUGCAGCUGGCUCUCGUCGUCAACUUUGCCAUGAACAUUGCGUCCGUGGUGGCCGAGUACUAUGCCAUAGCACGGGUGUACAAUGAUGUUCCAGCACUCCGGGAGCCGAAGCAGGCCUCAGGAGGAGAAUCGACAGACGCAGGGUCUUCGGGAGACUCGCAAACCCGCCUUGGGUCUUUGCUAGGCUACCUGCCACGCAUGGCGAAGCAGUCUUUCGCCGACUUUCGCCUCUACUUUCGCCAUCGCGCAUUCCUGCCGUCGAUCGCGGGCGCCUUUCUCUACCUGACCGUCCUCAACUUUGCCGGCCAGAUGAUCACGUAUCUGCUGUAUACCGGAUUCACCGCCACGAUUAUCAGUCUCGCGAGAACGCUGGGUGUGGCGUUCGAGGUCUUGGCCACAUGGGCGGCCCCUUGGUUGAUGGGACGCAUCGGGCCGGUCAGGGCCGGCUUGUGGAUGAGCAUCGCCCAAGUUACCAUGCUCGUCGCAGGCUUUGCCGUCUUUUGGGUCUUCGAGGCUGAGCGACCUCUUCUCUCGACAGCGGGCCUUGUCGGCGGAACGAUCUUGAGCCGACUGGGCCUGCGAGGCUUCGACAUGUGCACGCAGAUUAUCGUGCAAGAGGAUGUCGAGCCCGCGAGUCGCGGCGUGUUUUCCACGGUCGAGGCGGCGUGGCAAAAUGCCUUUGAGCUCCUCUCCUACAUCGCCACCAUCCUCUUCUUCCGCCCGGAGCAGUUCAGGUGGCCGUCUCUGCUCUCCGUCGCCGCCGUUGCAUCGGCGAGCGCGACGUACACGGUCUUUGUGUAUAUUCGCAGAGGUCACUUGCUGCAUCUUGAUGCGCUGGCCGGGCUCCUGGGCAGCCGAAAGGCGAGGCAGAGGCAGAGGGAGAGGGCGCUUGGUCGCAUCAUGGCGCGAUCUGAUCUGUAA